UGAUAGGCCCUGUUCAUAUUAAUCCAUGACGCGAGUAGUUUGAUGCUAAUCUCCCUUGGCAAUCGUCACGUGACUUGUUCAAGAUGGCAGCGACCAGGCGGCUUCAGAAGGAACUUGGGGAUCUGAGGAAGAGUGAUGGAAAAAUUUUCAGAAAUAUUCAAGUGGAUGAAUCAAAUAUCUUGCUGUGGCAGGGUCUCAUAGUGCCAGAAACCCCUCCAUAUAAUAAAGGAGCAUUUAAGAUAGAAAUAACAUUUCCAGCAGAGUAUCCAUUCAAACCACCCAAAGUAAAUUUUAAGACUAAGAUUUAUCAUCCAAAUAUUGAUGAAAAAGGACAAGUUUGUUUACCAAUUAUAAGUCCUGAGAACUGGAAGCCAGCCACUAAAACAGACCAGGUAAUACAAUCAUUAAUAGACUUAGUUCGUGAACCUGAGCCAGAACAUCCUCUCAGGGCAGAUAUUGCAGAAGAAUUCACAAAAAACUAUGCCAAAUUUAUGAAAAACGCUGAGGAAUUCACUAAGAAAAAUGCAGAAAAACGUCCAGCGGAUUCAUAAUGUGAAAACUCGGCUUCUGAAGACAGGAGACCAGUUAUGUUCAAAGAAUGGAGAUUUCUGGAAAAGCUAUGUUAAGAUGUGAACAUUGACCUUCAGUUUCUUUUAAAAAGAACUGAUUCAGAAUUUCUUUGAGAAAUAAUGUCUGUACGUGUUCUCUUUUUGCUUUACAAUAAUUCAGCGACUUGGUAGGUUUUGUAUACAUUGUGUUUAUUUAUGAUGGAAAAGUUGGUUUGCUUUUGAAAGUUUGUAAUAUUUUGGUUAAUUUGCAACCUUCAAUGUAUUUAGAAAAUAUUUCCUUUGUAAGGAUAUAGACAGAUUGAUACACGCACUAACAUAGGGAUCCGAGUAAUUGAUUGUUCAAUUUUGAAAACUAGAAUGUGACUUGGGAUAGAAAGAGAUUGUGUUGUAAGCAUUUCUUGAUUUAAAAUUUUUAUUCCUUUCGUAUUGUACCAGAUAGUGUAAGUAAAUGUAGUUCUGUUUAUUGAAGUAUUGUUAUAUAAUUGGAGAUAACAUAUCACAUGAUGGAUAUGUAUUUUGAUAGACUUUCCUGACACGAUUAGUUGUAAUUUUAUGUCAAUCAGCUGUGUACCUUUGUGGCAUAACUAACACCAUAUGUACGUGUAAAUUUCUUCUUAUAUGAAUACUUCCUUUGUGUAAUAUGUAAUAACACCUGGCGUCAUAUUCAAGGUACUACUUUUGAACUACAUAUUUUGUAGGGACUAUUUCAAAUUGAAAACAAAUGAACAAGGUAAAACACAGUAGCAAUUUGAUCAUUUCCUUAUCGUUGAUUUUCGAGGAACAUUUUAUUUUGGAUAAACUACACGCAUCUAUAAAAAAAGAAAUGAAAUUGUAUGUAUAUUGGUUAUUGGAAGGUAUUACAGAUCUAUCAAAAUUAGUAUUGUAGCUAAAACCUCGUGCAAUGUUGUUUUUUUUCAAUCACUACAAAUCAUUUUAAUUAAAGUUAAUAUUGUCCCCUAAACUGAUGACUCCUAGCAAGGAAAGUGAUUCAAAAUUGGUCAAUUGCUUUUCAAUUUAAAACAUGUGCAAUGUCAUGACUUUUUACUCCUGGAAUAUUACCUAGUUGUUUCACAUUAUCAUUUCAAUGACAGACUAACUCUCCGCAGACUCAAAAUACACAUCUAUGUAUGCACCAUGUCUUCUGAUCGUGAACCUUAUGUUGUAGCCACAUGGACAGUCAUAUGCAAUGUUUUCAAAUUAAAAAGAAUUCUGAGAAA